AUGCACCCUCUGAAUUUGUUCUUAAACCAAAGCAAAAAUUGCGACUGUCCUGUACGAAAAUGGCCGAAUAUAACCGAAAGUGGUCGAAGGGGUGGGAAAUGGCGAAGGGUUUCCCGCGCAUGCUCAGCCCCGUCUGAAUCAAAUGUGACGUCAGCACUAGUGAUGGGAAUUAUUUUAAACCCUUCAAAUAAAAUACUGCUAUAUAAUUAUAAUUUA